AGCAAAAUGGAAAAUCAAAACUUUGACAGCUAGUGCACUGAUGUAUAUGGAUGUAAUAUACAAUACGAUUUUCUCGUGAUGGUAUCGGAAAUACGAUAAAAUAAGCAGAAACUCACCUUUUUCACAAGUCCAGCCAUGGUGACCUUGAGCUGUUUCCGGUUACACCAAACGAAAAAGAAUCAUUGAAGAUGGCAACUAAUUUUCACUUCACCAAGGAACCUCCCCCUGAAUCUAUGUUUUCAGAUGUUCAAGCGUUGAAUAAGUUUCAGGAUGAGCAAUUUAGUCAGCUGGUCAAUAUUGUCAUUGCCUUCCUCAUAGAGCCAAACAAGUCUGCCAGGUUACUUAGUCAGUUGGAUGAGUUUGCUGAGCAGCAUGGUGUUGGGGCUUCCCCAUUGAAGAAUGUUAUAAAGAGUCUGCUAACAGUUCCUAAUAGUGCUCUGAAGAAACAUUUGACAGCAGAACAGUUGAAGGAAGAUCUCAUACAACUUGGACUCUCAGAUGAAAAGGGAAAUUAUUUUGCUAAUCAGUGGCAAGCCAAUAUGGGGGCAUUAUCUAAGAGUGCACUUGGCCAGACCCUUAUGGUCAACCAAUUGGUUGAUAUGGAGUGGAAGUUUGGAGUUACUGCAGCGAGCUCAGAAGUGAACAAAGUUGGAAACACUUUCCUUCAACUGAAGUUGGUAAUCAACAAAGGGAACAAAACAGAGAAUCAAUAUAUGGAGUUGACACUACCACAGUUUUACUCAUUCCUACAUGAAAUGGAGAAAGCAAAAGCAAGUUUAGAAUAUCUAAGCUAGCACCAACUCAUAUUUUUUAUUAGGACCUAUAUUAAAGACUCACCUCAAAUCAUGAAGCUGUGUGGUUGAAACAAAGUGAAACAAAAUUCCCUGCACAUAUAAACUACAGAUUAAUUGGGGAAUUAUUAGGCUACUAUACAAGUUAGAUUGAUUAAGUAUCCAAAAGGCCUUUUUGCAGCACACCAACAGCUAUAUUAGGCAGUUGACUGAGCCACAUAAGCAGGAGUAAACAAUUUGAUGGAAACAGACUCCAAUAAGUACAAUUACAUUUCUAGCUGAAUUAUGUACAUGAUAAAUGUACAUAAUAAUAUUAGACUUGAAUAAUGGGAAGAAUUUGUAUUUUGGCACACCAUGUACUACAUUUACAUUAUUACGCUUUACGUUAUUUAAGCUGGUCCAAAAUAUGAAUUUGUGAAAUAGGAACUAUUUUUCUUUCAAUUUAUUGAUUAAAUAAAUAGAUAAAGAUGUACAUAUGCUUCAGGUGAUUUAGAAUAAAUUGAAUAGCAAUGUAGUAAUAUGAUGUAGUAAUAUAAUAAAGUAAUACAAUGUGUUAUGACAUUGUAAUUAAUACAAUGUGGUAAUACAAAUGAUCCUAGAUGCCAAGUGUUUGUUUGAUAUACUAAAUAGUAACUAUAGCAGUUUAACUAACAAAUGAUUUUAUACUUAUUAAUUUCAAAUCUAACUAAUUAUAAAAUAAUUUGUAUGGAAAUCCCAUGGCAUAUAUCAUGUACAUAAUAAUAAUAUAUUUAUAUUA